ACAGACAAAACGUUUUAUGGCCACUCUCUGCUCUACAGUUUUACAUAUCCCUCACAAGUGUAUAACCAUCAAUUUUCUCACGUGUUGAAUUUAUACUACCGAAAAAAUUAGGGGAAUCCAAAUCAGAAAAAGAUUAAAAAAAAAUGAUUGCAGAAACGGGGAUGGUGAUGGUAGGUGUCCUGGGACUAUGGGCGCGGUUUGUCAGAAAGCCACUGCUUGAGUUCACCGGGGAGAUUUUACAAGUCGCCUCCGAAGUUGUGUCGAGGAUGUGUAGACGCGAUACAGCUUCGUAUGUCGGACCUCUUUCUUCUAGUACCAACAACUCAUCUCCUCCCAUCUCCCCAAGAAGGUGAUAUGUAUAUGUUUAUGAUAACAUUUUGUACUGGAAAAUAUUAGGGAUGCAGAUAGGUUUUGUUUUCCUUAUUUCAAUUUUUAGGAUGCCAAAUACAUAUGUAAGUAACAUCUUUUAAAAUGUUAAAUCUAUUGAUUGAACAAGAACAAGUUGUUUACCAGAGUUUGAAAGAAUGUUACCAACAUAAUUUACAUAAACAAAAACUAAUAACAAAAGGGGUGGUCAUGUAUCAAUAAGAGAGAUGAGCGUUCCAUACAUGACCACCGGGUCAUCAUCUUUGUGGCCUUGUGGGGAGAAUUAGCUUCCCGAACACAAGUUUAUGAGUCCUUAUUAGUGAUAUCUCGUGUUUCACCUAAAGCUGAUCCACCUAAGUUAGUGUCCAAAUGAAUACUCUCCAUCCAUGGAACUUGUUUCUCGUGGAGAAAAUCCCGCAUGGCUAGAUAAGGCGUUUACAAAAAGUGGACGCUUCUCUAGACUACUUCAGAUCCAAGGAAUAAGGAUUUUCUUGGACAACUCCAGGGAAUAAGUUAAUAUGCAAGUUCUUUCAUAAAAGUACUUUAGAUCCGAACAUUACAACGACGUUGUGUUAAGUUCGGUUGAAAAGCCGGUUUAAUAUUUUUCUCUUUAUGCUUUACAGUUUUCCAUG